AAAGAUUUGAAACCGCUACCUUCGCUGGUUAACCCACAUCACCACACGCAUUUUACUUUGGGUGCGAGAAAGAAAGAGGAAAACCAUCAGAAGAAGAUGAGUGUGAUCGAUAUCUUGACGAGAGUAGACGCGAUCUGCAAGAAAUAUGACAAAUACGACGUUGAAAAACAGAAGGAUCUCAAUGUCGCCGGCGACGAUGCCUUUGCUCGACUCUACGCCUCCGUUGAAGCCGACAUCGACGCAGCUCUUGAGAAAGCAGAGGUCGCUUCUAAGGAGAAAAGUAGGGCAUCUGCGGUUGCGUUGAAUGCCGAGAUUCGUCGGACAAAGGCUCGGUUGCUCGAGGAGGUCCCAAAGCUGCAGAGAUUAGCAAUAAAGAAGGUUAAAGGGCUUUCAACGGAAGAGCUUACUGCUCGUAAUGAUCUGGUCCUUGCUUUGCCGGAUAGGAUUCAAGCUAUUCCAGAUGGGACUCCAGCUGCACCAAAACAAUCUGGAGGUUGGGCAGCUUCGGCUUCUCGUGCUGAAAUCAAGUUUGACUCAGAGGGACGGUUUGAUGAUGAAUACUUUAAACAAACGGAGGAGUCGAGCCAAUUCAGGCAAGAGUAUGAAAUGCGGAGAAUCAAGCAGGAUCAAGGACUGGAAAUGAUAUCAGAAGGUUUGGAUACAUUGAAAAACAUGGCCUCUGAUAUGAAUGAGGAAUUGGAUAGGCAAGUGCCUUUGAUGGAUGAGAUUGAUACUAAAGUUGACAAGGCUGCAGCUGACCUUAAGAAUACCAAUGUUAGACUUAGGGACACUGUCAACCAGCUAAGGUCCAGUCGAAAUUUCUGUAUUGAUAUAGUUUUGCUGUGUAUAAUUCUGGGAAUUGCUGCUUAUUUGUACAAUGUACUGAAGAAGUGAGGUGACUCAAAGAGAAAUUUGAACAUUUCAGAUGGCAUUUGCUUUUCUGCAAUGGUUUUCUAUGGUAUUUGAGUUGUAUUAUUUCAUUGUUUAUUCCAUGUUUAACAGUCUUCCGUCUUUCCAUGGCGUUGGUCUGGGUUUAUCCUAUAAUACAAAGUUGUGCCUGUAUAAAUAAUAUUUUACUCUUUGCUUCAGUUUAUUGUAUCUUCCAAUAUUGACUAAGUUUUUAAUUGAAGACCAUUAAUCAAGAA